AUAGUUGGGUCAAUCCCAACUAUAGUUGGGCUAGUUAUAUUUGGGAGGAACAUUUCUAUACAGCUGAUCCAUGUUUACACUCUUAACCGGGCUGGCUUGGUGUCAAAUUCAACACUGUGAUCAAGUUCACGUGUAAAGUGUCCGAUUUACUCGACGUUUCAUUUCCAAAGGUACAUUUCAAGUUUUCGGACUUUUUGCUACAACAUAUUUUGGCUGGUUCCAAGCAAUGAUGCGAGUCAAGAUGGUCCUCCAAUCGUUGCUAAACUACUUUGUAAACUUCGUGUUUGGUUUUAUGUCCCUCAUCAUCAACGGCGACCGUCCACCGGCUAGAAUACCACCGGUUAAAAACCCCAUCAUCUUUGAGAGUGCGUCUAGUCUUGCCAGGAAGAUCCGUUCACGUCAACUGAAAUGUCAAGUUGUCGUUGAAGCUUACAUCCAAAGAAUCAAGGAAGUCAAUGACCUUCUGAAUGCUGUGGUGUCGUAUCGUUUCAAUGAGGCUCUAGACGAGGCCGAACACAUUGAUGAGAUGUUGGACAGUGGGGAUGUUCCUGCUCGCUACUCAGAGAAGAACGCCCCCUUCUUGGGAGUACCCCUGACUGUCAAGGAGGCAUUCUCUGUUAUCGAUCAGCCGAACACCAGCGGCCUUGUGAACCGUAAAGGUCUUUUGUCGGAUCGUGAUGCUCCAAUAGUGGCCAAUCUACGCCGUGCUGGAUGCGUCAUUCUGGGCGUAACCAAUGUCAGCGAGCUUUGCAUGUGGUAUGAGUCGGCAAACUUUGUGUACGGCCGGACAAACAAUCCGUACGAUGUCAGGAGGAUUGUGGGAGGAAGCUCAGGAGGAGAAGGAUGCAUUCUGGGAGGAGCAGGGUCAGUGAUUGGUGUCGGGUCAGACAUAGGGGGCAGUAUUCGCAUGCCCGCUUUCUUCAACGGUGUGUUUGGCCAUAAGCCAAGUCCAGGUGUGGUCCUGAACUCCGGACAGUUCCCCACAGCAGGCAAGGAGCGAGACAGCAUGCUGGGUACAGGACCCAUGUGUCGCUUUGCCAUUGACCUCGAGCCGAUGCUACGUAUUAUGGCGGGUAACUACGGCCUAUCGAAACUCAAACUGGACAAUCCUGUUGACCUGAGAAACCUGAGAUAUUUCAGCAUAGGGGAUGACGUUCGGCUUAACUUGGUCUCGGCUCUGGAUCCAGAGCUCAAGAAAGCUCAAGAACAGGUCCGGACAUACUUGGAGACGUCCCUUGGGGUCACCGUCCAGCGUAUCCAGCUUCACCGGUUGAAGUACUCCCUCGACAUGUGGUUCAGCUUGAUGUCCAACAUUGACAACGAGUCCUUCGUCCAUCUCAUGGGUAACAACGGACCUAAAGUCUACCCCUUCUUGGAAGGCGUGAAGCGAGCGUUUGGGUUGUCCACUCACACCUUGCCGGCGAUCAUGCUCGGCAUGAUCGAAGGACUGGAUAAACUCAUGCCGGAACGAACCAAACGCCUCUUGGAGAAGCUCCAGAGAUUCAGGGAGGAGAUCGAAAACAUCCUCGGGGAGGACGGGGUACUCAUCUGUCCCUCUCACCCCAAGCUUGCACCCUUCCACAACGCCCCCUUCCUGUACCCGUUUAACUUCGCCUAUACUGCUACCUUUAACAUACUGAGCUUACCCGCCACGCAGGUACCGCUGGGCUUGAGCGCCCAGGGGCUCCCACUGGGUAUACAGGUUGCUGCUAAUAAGUACAAUGACCAUUUGACGUUGGCGGUCGCUAGAGAGUUAGAGAAGGGGUUCGGUGGGUGGACGGCUCCAGUGGGAAUGGGUCUGCACCAUGAGACUAUAGAGCAAAGCAGGGCUUAAAAAACACCCAGUCCUCUAGAAAUCAAACUAGAAGGGAUUGGUCUUCAGACUGACUGGUGUUCACAGUUUCAGCUCAUCAAGUAAGAUUGCGCAAAAGCAGUGGUUGUCAUGCAUGUUAUGUUUCACCAAUAGGAUUAUAACCCUCCUACUAUUUGACCAUUCAAUAUCAACCACAGCGGUUAUGAAUAGAUAAACUAUGUCAAGUUGCAAUAUGAUAUCAUGUGGCGAAUGCAUCUACACAGUGCACAGUCAACCCUUCUACUGUCUGACCAUUCAA